AUGGAUGAAUUGAGUGCUGCUGGCGUGGAGUUGCACCACCACCACUUACAUCCAUUCUGGUCAUCUUUGUGUAUGAGAGUCCUCCCGAUCUUGCAGAAUGGGAAGAUCACGAUGCCAUUGAGCGUGAUAUUUUUACAGCCAUGGUACAAGAUGUGUACAAGCAAGGGCCAGCUGUUAUCCGAAAGGCAACUCAAGUACUACGUCCUCAUAUUCUUCCACAAGUUGAAGGCCUACAAGAGCCUAAAGAGUCGGCAUAGACGAGCAGAGCAAAUCAGAGUCCGAGGACAUCGAGGAGCAGAACACCUUCACUGGGCAAUUGUCGUAUAUGGAGUGCAGGGGGAGCGAGAGCGCACUUAUGGGUACACCGCCUUACCUAUGACGGCGCCGCCAGGGUUCACUCAUCCCAGUUAUGUUCUGCCAAUGGUCUUUACUGGGGCUCAUUGGGUCCGACUAGUUCUCGACAAUGUCGAUGGGGUGACACCGAUGCCAUAUUUUAGUCCACAAUGGACUCAUUUUCGGAAUAUGAGCACAAUUCCGCAUUGGGGUGAGCUAUACCAACAGGACCAGAAAUUGUAUGCCAUCCUUGGAGGACAUUAUCCACCCACUGACGAUGAAGAGAAUGAUUAA